AGACCCUCCGCCAUGUCCGCAAUGUCGGCGUAGACAACAGCUUCCUCUGCUUCUGCAUCCUCCGUCUCCCCUUCCUCUCCGGCUGCCUGCCGCGUCAGCUCCGUGUUUUUUCCUCCCUCUCUCCUCCCUGCCAUGCUCCGGGUCACCUCGCUGCUGCUGCCUGCCCUGCUGUUCGUCCUGCUGCCGGGCUCGGGCCGUGGAUAUUUCACGGAGGAGCGCUGGAGCCCCGAGUCUCCUCUCCUGGCUCCCCGGGUCGUCAUCGCGCUGGUCUGCAGGAACUCGGCCCACUCUCUGCCGCUGUUCCUGGGAGCCAUCGAGAGGCUCAACUACCCCAAGGAGCGCUUAGCGCUGUGGGUGGCGACAGAUCACAACAUAGACAACACCACAGCUAUCCUUAGAGACUGGCUCAUCCAGGUGCAGAAUUACUAUCAUUAUGUGGAGUGGCGACCUGAAGAUGAACCCAGUGACUUCGAGGACGAAGUGGGGCCAAAACACUGGAAUAAUCUCCGAUAUGAACAUGUGAUGAAACUCCGCCAGGCAGCGCUGGACACUGCCCGCGAGAUCUGGGCCGACUACCUACUGAUGGUCGACUGCGACAACCUGCUCACCGACCAGGAUGUUUUGUGGAAGCUGAUGAGGGAAAACAAGACCAUCGUUGCUCCUAUGCUGGAGUCCAGAGCUGCUUACUCCAACUUCUGGUGCGGGAUGACUUCGCAGGGUUACUAUAAGCGUACUCCAGCCUACAUGCCCAUCCGCAGACGGGAGCGUCUGGGCUGUUUUCCUGUGCCGAUGGUCCACUCCACCUUCCUGGUGGAUCUGAGGAAAGAGGCCUCCGGUCAGCUGGCUUUUUACCCACCGCACCCCGAGUACAGCUGGGCCCUGGAUGACGUUAUCAUCUUCGCUUACUCUGCUCGUAUGGCAGACGUGCAGAUGUACGUAUGCAACAGAGACAACUACGGGUAUUUCCCAGUGCCGAUGCGUUCACAUGCCUCCAUGCAGGAUGAAGCAGAGAGCUUUGUGCACACACACCUAGAGAUCAUGGUGAAUCAUCCUCCAUUGGAGCCCUCCAGCUUCCUUUCUCUUCCUCCCAAACAGCCAAACAAGAUGGGCUUUGAUGAGGUUUUUAUGAUAAAUCUGGUUCGGAGAGCUGACCGUCGGGAGCGAAUGCUGAGGACCUUGUACGAGCAGGAGAUCAGCUGUAAGGUGGUUGCUGCUGUGGAUGGCAAAGCUCUGAAUACGUCUGAUAUAGAUUCUAUGGGGAUUAAGAUGCUCCCUGGAUACAAAGACCCUUAUCACGGACGGCCUCUCACCAAGGGGGAACUGGGUUGUUUCCUCUCUCAUUACAACAUCUGGAAGGAGGUGAGAUACUUAAACACACCUGAGGCAUUUGGGUCCAUCUGCUCACAGCUGAUAACAGUUUCUGUUAAAACAUUAAAGAAAUAAGUUUGCUAUUUGAAA